CUCUGCUCUCACCACCACGCGCACCCGGUUCUUCCUCAUCAACGUUUCUCAUCGCGACCGUCCAGCAAUUACAUCCUACGGCUCCUGACAACAACCACAGAGUAGGAAACUAGGGUUUGUGGCUCCCAGAGUAUAUAAGCUCCACAGUUACUCCACCGCCGGCGCGGUGCAGUUCGAGCUUCUGCCCUCCCACCCUUAAAAAAACACCAAAAAAAAUUCUCCUUUUCCUCUCCGUCGUCUAGCCGUCCGGUAGUGUCCGUCUCCGGUCGCCGACGAUUCUAUCCCUCCUAUAUCCUAUCCCCCGCCCCCUCUCCUCUUUUAUUAUCCCUAAAUUUUGCCCUCUAUUACUAGUCCGGUUUUCGUUUUAGGAUCACAUUCGGGAGAUAGAGUGGCGCCGUGAAAGCCACUGUGUUUUUAUCGUCUCUCUCGAGGUUUCCGAUUCUUAUAUAAUCGUUACGAGGAGAGUGGGGAACGGAGAAAAAAAAAAUAAAAAAAAUUUGGUUCUAGGAAAGGUAGAAGAAGAAAAAAGGAGUGGGAUUUGCAGAAGGGCUCAAAGGUUCUGAGAUGGCGCAGAUUCAGGUGCAGCGACAGCAGGCGGCGGCGACGGGAGCUGCGGCUCCUCCGCCUCCUCAGUCGAUGCCCACUCAGAAUGGAAUGGCUGGUGGGGUGGCGACUGGACCAAUCCCUUUAGGUUCCACUUCGCUCUAUGUCGGAGAUCUUGAUCUCAACGUGUCCGAGGCGCAGCUUGCCGAUCUGUUUGGCCAAGUCGGCCAGCUGGUGUCCAUUCGGGUCUGCAGGGACCAGACUACCCGGCGAUCUCUCGGCUAUGCUUACAUUAACUUCACCAAUGGACAGGAAGCUGCAAGGGCAUUGGAAUUGUUGAACUUCACUCCACUCAACAACAGUCCUAUCAGGAUCAUGUAUUCACAUAGGGAUCCUAGUCUUCGUAAGAGUGGUGCAGGAAAUAUCUACAUCAAGAACCUUGACAAGGCAAUUGAUCACAAAGCUUUGCAUGACACUUUCUCUGCCUUCGGCAACAUUCUGUCUUGCAAAGUGGCUACUGAUGCUUCUGGACAGUCCAAAGGUUAUGGUUUUGUUCAAUUUGAUACCGAGGAAGCUGCUAAGAAUGCUAUUGACAAGUUGAAUGGCAUGCUGAUUAAUGAUAAGCAAGUUUAUGUUGGGCCCUUUCUCCGUAAGCAGGAGAGAGAUAGUUCUACAAGUAAUACAAGAUUCAAUAAUGUAUUUGUGAAAAAUCUUUCCGAAUCAAUAGCGGAUGAGGACUUGAAGAAUGUUUUCGGAGAGUAUGGUUCAAUUACUAGUGCUGUGGUGAUGAGGGAUGGAGAUGGGAAGUCUAGGUGUUUUGGCUUUGUUAAUUUUGAAAAUGCAGAUGAUGCAGCUAAAGCUGUUGAGGCUCUUAACGGGAAAAAAUUUGAUGACAAAGAAUGGUUUGUCGCAAAGGCUCAGAAGAAAUCUGAAAGAGAGCAAGAACUGAAAGGACGAUUUGAGCAAAGUAUGAAGGAAGCUGUUGAUAAGUACCAAGGCCUUAAUCUCUACAUUAAGAACUUGGAUGACACCAUAUCUGAUGAAAUGCUCAAGGAGAUGUUCUCUGAAUUUGGUACAGUAACAUCAUGCAAGGUUGUGCGUGAUCCAAGUGGAGUUAGCAAAGGUUCGGGAUUUGUUGCAUUCGCUACACCUGAAGAGGCAUCUCGAGCUAUUAAUGAGAUGAAUGGAAAGAUGAUUGUUAGCAAGCCUCUCUACGUUGCGCAUGCUCAACGCAAGGAGGAGCGUCGAGCAAGGCUUCAGGCUCAGUUUUCACAAAUGAGGCCAGUUCCUAUGCCUCCUGCAGUUGGCCCUCGUAUGCCAAUGUUUCCCCCUGGUGCACCUGGGCUUGGGCAGCAGUUUCUUUAUGGCCAAGGUCCUCCGGCCAUGAUUCCUACUCAGGGUGGGUUUGGCUACCAUCAGCAACUUGUGCCAGGGAUGAGGCCUGGUGGUGGUCCCAUGCCAAACUACUUCGUACCUGUUGUCCAGGGUCAACAAGGCCAACGCCCUGGUGGUCGUCGUGGAGGUCCGGUACAGCAAUCACAACAACCAGUUCCCAUGAUGCCCCAGCAGAUGAUGCCUAGGGGUGGACGUGGCUACCGUUACCCUCCCGGUCGCAACAUGUCUGAACUUCCCAUGCAAGGUGGAGGCAUGCUCUCUGUCCCCUAUGACAUGGGUGGCAUGGGAAUACGUGAGGCUGCAGCUGGGGGGCAGCCUAUGCCCAUCACGGCUCUUGCAUCAGCCCUUGCCAAUUCAACUCCUGAACAACAGCGAACUCUGUUGGGUGAAAGCCUGUACCCACUGGUGGAGCAGCUGGAGCAUGACUCGGCAGCCAAGGUUACCGGGAUGCUCCUGGAGAUGGAUCAGACUGAGGUCUUGCAUUUGCUCGAGUCACCGGACGCCCUGAAGGCUAAAGUAGCAGAGGCAAUGGAAGUGCUCCGGAACGUAUCUGCUGCUGCUCAUCCACAGGCAAACAACGCAGCCGAUCAGCUCUCUUCGCUGUCGCUGAAUGAUGGUAUUGUGCCCUAGAUUAGUCACGGGGGCUUUAUGUGGAUGGAAGAAUAAAAGAGUGCAAGGGGUUUUGCACCACCGUGAAGACACAUUUUUGGUGAUUGCGUUGUUUUUAGUGAGUUUUCGUUCUCCUUGGAUAUUUCCCAACUUGUUAGGUCUUUUCUGUUCCGUGGUUGAGUUGUUUCCGAACUCGUUUUGUUCUUUGCCCGGUCAUGUUAGGAUGCUGAAUGUUUUUGGGUAGGAUGCAAUGCUUUUUCCAUUUUGAUGUUGUGCUCAUCUGAAUUGGGUUGGUCUGCGGAAUUUUGGGAUGAACUUCUCGUAAACUACCAUUGGUUUGUCAUCACUUCCAUCUCUUAUAUUUUUUUAUAUUUCCCGUUCUGGUCCUGUAAAUGUUACGAUGGGAGAUAUUGGCUUACUUGAUAGCUGGAGACCGCGAAAGUGUGAAACUACAUUUCUUCAAGGCAACGAUGGAAAUUAAUAGGGUGGGCAUUGGGUAGGUUUUGGUUCAAAUUGACCCAUUCACUAGUCACUAACUAGCGGGUUGAUAUAAUUAUGAUUUGUAUCAUAUAUUUUUCAUUGGGUUGGGUAGGUGGCGACUGGCGGAUGGCUGCAUUUAGUUGCGAGUCAACCCGAAAAACAAUUCUCCAUCUAGUCAGUUAUUAAGAAAGUUGACUAACAUUUAUAAUAGUAUUUGUAUUAUAUUUUUCCUUACUAUAUCAACCAACCCGAAAAACAAUUCUCCAUCUAGUCAGUCAUUAAGAAAGUUGACUAACAUUUAUAAUAGUAUUUGUAUUAUAUUUUUCCUUACUAUAUCAACCAAUUGCGUAGAAAAAUUUGAUGCACUGUGACUCAUACAAUUAAUAUUUUAUAAUUUGCAUCACAAUAUCUAAUGAACAUUACACAAUAUAGUAACAAAUAAUAGUAGUCGAAAAAUAUUAUUAAUUCUCCACCUUUGGAAGUCGAUGGGCACUAAAAACAACAUUUUGUCGUAUAAAAUAUGGUGCGAGUCAUUCGGGUAACUCGCAAAUCACCCACACACUACGGUUCGGAUUAUUUACGGGUGGAUUAAUGUCAAAUUGGGGAUUAACCACCCACAUGCCUAAUCCUAUUUAAGAAUACACUUACCAACGGUGUAAAAAAUAGCUUUGCAAAUUUACUAUUUUGGAUUACCCCUAAAUUGGGUUGCAUAGGAAGAAAGGAAAAGGAAGGAGAUGAUAGAGAUUCUAAGCUUUAUAUUUUUGUUGUUUUAUAAUUAUAUAAUAAUUAAUAUUAUCCAUUUUUUCUUAUGAUUAUUAUCAAUGUACACGAUCAUGGGUGUUCGUUUGACUUCUGCAGCAAGUUUGUCAAGGUUUGUCUAGUCAAAUCGAAAUCUCUUGUCUCCCUCGAAUUUGCUUUGAAAAUUAGAGAGAAGAAGUGUUUGAGGAAAAUGAAGAGAGAAAUGAAUUGGUUGACUUAGUAUACUUGACUAAAUAGUUAAAACUUACAAAUUCGAACAUGUUUGACUAAAUUUGACCACAUCCAUUUUAUAGUUAAACUAGGUAGGAGAACCCUGCAGGAUGACCAGUAACGAGUUAAGCUACGAGCUUGAGGUUGCUCGACUAUUGAUUACUAUAAUUGAAAUAAUUAAUUACUAUUUGAUCAUGACCUUUUAAUAAUUAUUUUUUUAUUAAAGUGUAUUUAUUAAUAUUUAAGAUUAUUAAAUAAAAUAUCUUAUUUUAG